UCUGUGGGAAGUCACCUUCUAUCCCUGGACUCGACCUACCCGUCACGUUAGGCAGAGCGGCCAAACCCCACUGUUCCCGCUGUGUUGUCGGUGUACUGCGAUAAUUGCUGGGCGCGCCACCAACCACUCAGAGCGGCCCAAACCGAUUCAGGGUUUGGCCUGGGACAUCGCGUCUCCCACUGGAAUUCCACACCACAUCGUCCGGUCGCCCUCGACGCAAUGCGAUCGGCGACCCCCGAAGCCGCUGCAACAAAACGCCUCGCAUCCCAUGCAAUUGCCGGCCCAGCAAGAGAGUCUGUGACGCAAGUACAGUCUGUCAGAAAAAAGCCGUCUGCGGGAAUUCUCACGACGAGCACGACCCCUGCGGGCAAAAGAACGGCACGGAUCACCACCACGGCAACCGCCUGCCCAGCCGCAGCAGCAGCCGCAGGAGCAGCGACAGCAACAGAGGCCGUGCCACUCCGACCAGUCUCUCGCCGCCCGCUUCAACUGCGAGACCAAAAUGCCACGCCGGCGCCGCGGGCUGUGAAACCUGAACCGGAUACAAUACCAGCCGCGUUGACGGUGUCCAGGAUGCCGCCGCAUGAGCGGCCGUCUGUCGCUGGCUAUCGGCAGCCGACGGUCGCGCGGGUCGUAAACAAACUGCCCCUCACCCCCAAAGUCGCGGCUCGCCCGCCAGCACCUCAGCAUCAGAACCCGACGCUCGCAACUCCGCUCGCCCGGCGCCCCGCCCCCGAGCCGGCCUUGAACCCCCGUGGUUCCGGUUCCCGCGACAAAGACGAGCGGGCCUCGCCCGUGCCGACGUUUCUCAGCAGCAACGUUACCCCGCGGUCGGGUUCCCGACAGAGCCGCGUCGAUAGUGCGAAUAGCACCCCCAACGGUACGCCCAACCCAGACCGCCAUGACCAUUGGGAGACGCGCUCGGGCGUGGGCGUGGCAGGAUCCGGGCCGGACGAGUCGCACCGGCGGCCGGUCGUUACAUUCAGUUCCCCUUCCGAGGUGGGCAGCGGCGCAAAUCCUGAUCGGGACUCCAAGUUUUUCUACGCUUCGGAUGCGCAAAAACAACCGCCGCAGGCCGCGAACUUGAAGCCAUCUGUGAUGCAGCAGCCCAAACCGGCGACCUUUUUCUAUGCAAACGGGAAUGCCCUGCCAAACCGGCAGGACCCCCCUCCGAAGCCCUACUCCCCGGCGUUGCCCUCGCCUUCCUCCCAGGACAGCCUGGCGACCAAGUUCGUUUAUGCCAACGGAACGCCCGAACUACAACCUCCGGCGAAGAUUGGGCCGUCGUCGCAAUCCUCGUCAGCCUCGGUUCUCUCCACGUCGUCCAGGCUGCCAGCGGCAAGACAAGGGAACCUUCCAAGGGCUCCGUCGCCGGCCAAAAGCCCCUCCCAGAUUUUGGUCAGAUCCCCCAGCAGCUCAACUGCGCGCUCCCAGCGGUCACCUAUUUUGGUGGCAAACCCCUCGAGCAAUCCCCAGGCCAGCGAGAUGAAGGCAAACACCGAGCCUCAACCUCGGCCAGCCGUAUCCCACACCCGUUCGCAGAGUGCUGCCGCUAUCGAACCACCAGCUGCCGCCAAACCUGCGCCUUCUCACAACUCGGUGCCCCCGUCUGGAUGCACCUCUCCGUCGUUCCCGCCAUAUUCUGAGUUGAUGGUGCCGAACAACUCAGCGGCUGCCGGUUCUGCGUCCUUGCUCCCGGCCUCCGAGGACUCUGCUGAGCCAGAAGAAGCCCAACCGGACUCGCUGAACAGUCCAACGAGGGCAUCCCAAGACGGCCAGGUGAUAGAUCUCGUCGCUAGCGCGCGACGAGAGCGCAAAGUCCAGGAUUUAGAAAUCACAAAUGCCAGCCUGGAGGCGAUCAACCGGACGCUUGAGCGACAGCUGAGAAAACAGACAGCCGAGCUCCGGCGCUACCAGCGCCUGUCCAGGUCCGGAAGACUGAGCCUGGGCUCGAUCGGCAGUCGCAUCCCCUCCGACUCGACUGUAGAUGGGGGUGCUCUGGCAAGGGCAGGAAUGGGCCUGGACGACUUGAGCGAGGAAGAGAGCGAGAUCGAGGCUGAGGACGCCGAACUAGAGGAGCUUGAAGACCUCGGAGAGGACGACAUGUCCGGGUCGGAGGCCUCCAGUGAGCUCAGCAGCGGCGCCGACGCAUUGCGUCGCCAAAAACGACGCCGAGACGAGCGGCGGCUGCAACUGGAUCUUUCCAAGCACCAGCAGCUGCUCAUCGACAGCCAGAAGAUCAACCAGAGCUUGAAGCGGUGUCUGGGAUGGACCGAAGAGCUGAUCAAAGACGGCAUGCGCGCUCUCGCAUACCAGGUGCGAGUCAGCGAUGUUAAGCUAGGCGGGAGGGUCCUCGCCCCCGAGGAAAUCGAGAGGCGGGAGCUGGGUGGCGACGACGGCGAGGAUGCCACGCUGGGCGACGACACCAUCUAUGCGAUAGACGCCCUAGGCGGGGGGUCCCUCCUCGCGGAGGCUGCUGAGCCGGCCAAGUGGAGCAAGGAUCCGCAGGACAAUCCGCAGGACAGAGACAGCGGAGUUGAACUGCCCGCGGACGGCGGUUGAGAAACAGCAAGCAACAUAACCAGAAGAAAAAAACAAGGUAACAAACUGAUGACAAUGCUUUUCUGCACAACGCACGGCGAUGGCGUACUCUCACCACUCACUGAGAUAUCUCUCUCCCUGUUGAUUUCCUUAGUCUUCAUAUUUGUUUGGCGUUAGGAACGACGGGGUUUGCUCGUGGUUGGCUUGCUUGCUUGCAUUAUGCGGAACAUAAGGGGGGUUUUAUUCACGUACCCAAACUCCCAC